AUGGCAUCGCUGGCUGUUGACGGCCGCCACCCGGGACGAUGCGAAGAGGUUCUACUGGGGCUGCACAAGUACACCAAGACAGACAAUGCAAGCAUCAAAUCUGUCCAGGCCGAGACCAUGGAAUGGUGGAACUACGACGCCAGUGACGGCUUCAGUCUCCAGAAACUCUAUAAAUGGAUCCAGCAGAAGCAGACGGACCAGUACAAGAACAUCCAAGAACUUACCGACACCCGCGAGAGGACCCUUCUCACCAUACUGCCGGAUACCAACUUUGGAGACAGAUUCUGGCUGGUUCUGCCCGGAUUUCAGGAUACGUUGAUUGAGGAUCUGUGGGAGGAUUGA